GCAUCCGAUCAUAGUCUCGAAUACUCGCCCAUACCUCUGGACGACUUCACGUACUAUUCAUUUCAGGGCACGACAGCCUUCCCUCUCGCCCACAUCCUCCGUUCAGAUUCAGCAUGAGUGAACUCCGGAUUCGCACAACAAUAGCGCAGCGACACGACGUUUUCGAUCGCACUGGAGAAUUGCCGUUUGUAGUCCUCUUUGGACUGACGCGCCACUCGGAAGACGAUCUUGACCCGCGGCCCUUGACUAUCGACACGCGAAAGUCGGCCCUCGACGUCCCCUACGCCAUCGCACAUGGACUUCUCUGCUUGUUCAACAUAGAUGGUGGUUUCAUUGAUGCUCUGCGAGAAACACACAUACCACAGGCCCUUCGCGAGCUUCCCAACCUCGAUAACGACAAAAUGAAGCCAUUCAUGACCCUCCCAACCCCGGUUGAUCGACCUCAAGGGCUCAGGACAGAUAUAGUCACCCGGUUCGAGUACCUCAUCGAGAAGGACAGUGCGCUGGGUUCGAUGCUAAGACCUGGAACGAAAUACGAGAUUCGAUUUCCAAGGGUUGGACCAACACCCAUGCUCAGCGACUUGGGCGUACGGUGGUGCGCCUAUGGCGAUCCCAAGGAUGUUAUUGGCGAUUCUGCUGGACCUCUGUAUGACUCCGAGCCUCUUACACUCGUGGGUACAGGUGCAACGAAAGCGCAUGUCAGAUUCCAGGUCGUGCCAUCUCUGCUCUGGCCCCCUGAGCUUGUCACAAACGAAGCAAAGAUUACUGCAAAUGGGGAGCGGGCGGUCUACCUCAAGGUGACCACAACGCAAUCGGGCAGCGAGCCCGUCAGCGUCCAGACAGGUGGGAAACAGUGGUAUAUCCACUCCACGGACCUCUGGGGCGAACCGCAGUUUGAAUACAUGUGGCGGAUCAUCCACCCGGACAAGCCGCUUCCCGAGACGUGUUUGCGCAUCGUUAAUCAAGCAACAGGAAACAUCGUACGAAGUCCACGACCAUUUUCAGCGCAGGGGCCCCCUGGCUAUAGCGGAGCGGCCGCACCUCUCUUGGACGACAUGGUGACGAUCGAGCCCGGACGUCCUGUGGUCAGGCUGGUGGAUAUCUCCAAAUUCAUCAUCGGUUGGCCGAUACAAGGAAGGCUGCCCGAUGGACGGUACGAAAUCCAUCUUAUUGAACGCGGCAUCGACGAUCGGGUUCCCCAGCGACUUCGGGUUCCCAAGCGACUUUGGAACAAGCAAGUCCUACCCGCAAGGCUCUUCUCUGACGACGUUGUCGAGUUUCGGAUUCAAGACGGCGAAGUGGUUGGAUGAGGGAAUCGAUGACCUCGGCUCGGAGGCGUUGCUAGCUGUCUUAAGUUGGGUGAGCUGAAUAAAUCAAAUGUCUCGUUGUGAAUGUGAGGUGGGAUAUCUCUCUGGGGUGAGUCAUCUUUGCAGACCAUAGAUGUGAUGUUUCUUGACGCAGUGAGGAUGUGAUG